AUGAAAACGUGGUAUUUCAUAUGGGGACUAUACGUGCUAAUAAACUUGGCCAAUAGUGAUAAGCGCAACUUUCGAAUUUACUUCGAUGAGUUCGCGGUAAAGUAUAAGGUGGAUGACAUUUUCGAAAAGAUGGAUUGUCAUUUGGUGCAAACCAAAAAUCGCAGCUUCGUCAACGCCGAAAUGAUACUAAAAAAGAAUGUUGCAGACUUAAAUGUUCGAGCAUUAAUGGAAUUUUGGAAACCAAACACUCAAAAAAAAACGAAGUUAUACGAUGUUCGUUUGAAUGGUUGCAACUUACUAGCAAGUAUAUACAAACAUCAACUUUUCAGCUCUUAUGUGAAGAGUUUUAAAAAGCAUGCUAAUGUUAUUUUGCUUUGUCCAUUUAAAGCGAACUAUAGUUACAAGAUGGUGGAUUGGUUUUUGGACGAAGACGAUCUGCCACCAUUUUCACCUGUUGGCAAAUUCCGUACGCUCACCGAAUAUUUUACUCAACAGCGAUUGGUAAUACGAAUUGUAGCACAUGGCGAAGUUAUGAUAAAGAAUUAACCUUUGAUAUUAAACUGCAUUAUAAAAAUCCAAAAAGCAAUGGAAAAAAACAGUUAUCCACACAAACAAAAAUUAAAUAAAAAAGAAUGGAAAAAAUAACUAAA